GACGUCUUCAUUAGUCUGACCACUUCCGCCCUGCUCAUUCAGCGCAUGCUUCUCUGAGCAGCUGAGUUUAUCAGAAGUCAGUAUGAACCAAGAGAAAUUGGCUAAACUUCAAGCCCAGGUCCGGAUAGGGGGCAAGGGCACCGCACGCAGGAAGAAGAAGGUGGUGCACAGAACAGCAACAGCUGAUGACAAGAAACUCCAGAGUUCAUUAAAAAAGCUUGCUGUCAAUAAUAUAGCUGGCAUUGAAGAGGUGAAUAUGAUUAAAGAUGAUGGCACAGUCAUUCACUUCAAUAACCCCAAAGUGCAGGCGUCUCUGUCUGCCAAUACGUUCGCCAUCACGGGCCACGCAGAGACCAAACAGCUCACGGAAAUGCUCCCAGGAAUCCUCAGCCAGCUCGGCGCUGACAGUCUCACGAGUCUGCGCAAACUCGCCGAGCAGUUCCCCAGACAGGUUCUCGACAACAAAGCUCCGAAAGCAGAAGAUAUCGAUGAAGAAGAUGAUGAUGUCCCAGAUCUUGUAGAGAACUUCGACGAGGCUUCAAAGAAUGAGGCAAACUGAUCGUUGGACCUUCGGUAACUCCUGUUCAGGACAAAGUCUCCUGCAGUAUUUUUAAAUUACAGUGACAGACAUAUCAUUUCAACACUAUCCAGUGAAACCAGAGACUUUUAUAUCAUGAAUUGGCUGUUCCAGAUCCAUCCCUGACCUUUCACCUGCAUUUAUACUGAUGGUUACAUGGUUAUAAAUCUUAACCACAAUGCUAGUUGAAAUGCUAGUUUUGACGGUUGUCUUAAUUAUUUUUUUUUUUCUGUUAAUUAAAUAAAAAUUAUACUCAUAAACCUUUU